AUAGGAGUGGCAACAUUACAAACUUACUUGUCAAUUGGCACUGGUCAACCAUGCCGUGGUGUUCGUAAUUGCGUGCAAGAGAAAAUUAAAUGUGAUUACCUCAUUACUCACUGUUUUAUUGGAAGUUGUUCCAUAUGUACACGGCGUACACAUUAAAUGGCGACGAGUGAAAAUUCGACAAAUUGGAAAAACUAAGGAAGUAUUCCAUUUUCGGUUGAAAUAUGGCCAACAAUUUCGUGAUCGAGCCUUAUAAACAAGAUGGCGACAUUUCAUGUUUUUUGGAAAGAAUUGAAGAAUACUUUGAAGCAAAUGACACAAUAGAUGAAAAGAAGAAAUGUUCAAUAUUACUCAUCAGUUUGCAAGAAGAUGUCUACAGAAUCAUUAAAAACAUGUGUCAUCCAAAGGUGCCAAAAGAAUUGUCAUAUAAAGAGCUACAAGAAAAAUUAAAACUUAGAUUUGAGAAAAGAGUAUCAUUUUUCAGAAAGAGAAUUGAAUUUGACAGAAUGUUUCAACAAGAAGGAGAGAAAGUGGCAGAGUGGUAUUCUAGAGCAGUGCAUCAAGUAGCUCGAGGUAGGCAAGCCAAGCCCAGUAAUAGCAAGCAGAGCACGCACAAGCAAGCGAAGAAGCCGGAAAAGGAAACCGGAGAGCGGUUGAAAUGUAUUCAUUGCGGUAAACCUAAUCAUAAUUUUUCUAAGUGCAAGUAUAAGUCCUAUAAGUGUAAAAAUUGUGAGAAGACAGGUCAUUUAGCGGUUGUUUGUAAGAGCAAGGCUCAAACCCAUAGUGUUGAUACUAAAGAGGAAGAGGUUAGCAACAACAGUAUUGAUAUUUUUACUAUUCAGCAAAAUGUAGCAUAUGUUAAUUAUGUUUCACCUAUUUCAAUUCAAGGUUACAUUGAAAAUAAACAAGUCCAAAUGGAAUUGGACACAGGCGCUGCAAUUUCAUGUCUACCUGAAAGAAUUUACUUGUCAAAAUUUUCUCAUAUUAAGUUGCAACAUUCCAACAUUGAGCUGAAAACAUAUAAUGGUCAAAUAUUAAAACCGGUAGGGGAAAUUAAUUGUAAAAUUAAAUUAAAUGACAGCGAAGUUAAGUGCAAAAUAAUGGUAGUGAAAAAUGGUUGUAAAAUUUUAUUUGGUAGAGAUUUAAUACAGAAAUUCAAAUUAGAUAUUUCUAAACUUUUGUCAGUUAAUUGUGUACAAAGUACUGAGGAAAAAUUGCAGUCCAUAUUAAAGGAAUAUGAUACACUAUUCAAAAAUGAGUUAGGCAUUAUUAAAGGGGAAGAAGUAACAUUAGAAUUAAUUGACAAAGAUGUAAAACCUAUUUUUCAUAAACCAAAGCCAGUACCCCAUGCUUUUAAAGACCAAGUUGAGGCCGAACUCACCAGACUAGAAAAAGAAGGUGUUAUUUCUAAGGCAGAAACAUCCCAGUGGGGAACACCAUUAGUCCCUGUUUUAAAGGAAAAUAAUAAAAUAAGGUUAUGUGCAAAUUACAAAGUUACAGUUAAUAAGCAUAUUAAAGAUGUUAACCAUCCUUUACCAAGGAUUGAGGACAUUUUUACUGCGUUACAAGGUGGUACAUCAUUCUCAAAAUUAGAUUUGAGAAAUGCAUACAAUCAUUUAUGUUUAAGCAAGGAGACUAGUGAACUUUUAGCAUGGUCAACACCUAAAGGUAUUUAUCGAGUUAAUAGAUUGCCAUAUGGUACAAAACCUGCCAGUUCUAUUUUUCAAAAUAAACUUGAAAAAGUUUUGUUAGGUGCUAAAGGUGUGGUCAAUUUUAUCGAUGAUGUAAUAGUCACAGGCUCCAACGAUGAAGAACAUUUAGAAAAUUUAAAAGAGGUUUUAAGAAGAUUCAAGGAAAAAAAUUCUAAAUUUUAUUGGACUAAGGAAUGUCAAAAGAGUUUUGAUAAUAUUAAGAAGGAUAUUAUUUCAGAUAAUGUUUUAAUUCAUUAUACUAGAGACUUACCUUUAAGAUUAGUGAUGAAGUGA